AUGGUCAAUCGUCAUCGAGCGGUCAGUAUGGCCUUUAACGGCAGCUGGUCAGAGGAUGAAGAGAAGAAAACGAUUAAAUCUCUUAAUGAUCUCAAGUCUGUCUACAAGGAGGUAAGAUACGAUUGGCCCCAACUAAUUGGAGAUGAAGUGCUGCCCAUUGAAAUGGCAAUUGCAUUUCUUGAUGAUACUUCCGUCGGUCUAGCCCAUCGGAAAUCAGAGUUUGAUGAAUUAUGUGAUUUGACAAGUAAGGCACUCAAGACUUCAGUUGUUGAAAACCAUGAAACAUUCAACAACAGCGUGGGUCUGUAUCAUGUUCUUUUGUCAAUUGUCAAGGAAUCACAGGAAGAUUCCUUACAUAUAAAGGACUUGAUUGAUAAAAGCACCCGUGACAUGAAUGAUAGAUCUCACCACUUAAGAGAUUUGGACAACAGUUCAGCCAAAUACACAGAAAUGAUCGAAAUCCUUGACGCCAUGGAGUAUUUGCGGGAUAUCCAAAAUGUUAUUGACAAACUCAUCACCGAAAAAAAGAUCCAUGAAGUGUACGAUGUGAUUGCCGAAGCACACAAAAUUGCGGCCAAAUACAAUUUAUGGUCUCUAUCUGCUAUGAGCUCCACUCGCACCUAUUUGGAAGCACAGUCUAACAAUCUAUAUGAUAUGAUUCUUGAUGAAAUUCAGAACGAGAUAUAUCUCAAGAAUGUGUCUGUUUCGAGUGAUAGAAGAGAGGCCUGGAACAAUCUCAUUCAAUCCAACAAUCCUCAAAUGACAUCGUUGAAAACCUUGAUCGAUCUGCUGACCACGUUAGAACUGUACAUUUACAACUCCGCAAACUUAGACAUCUGCGAGAUUGCUGACUCAUUUACAGAAAGCGCAAAGAACUUCCUAGAAGUUCAGCUUCCGAAGUUACAUGCUCAUUACUCAAAAGCAGAUUCAACAAAAAUUGAUUACUCGAUCCUUCUUCUGUCAGCUCUGAAUCCUGCCGCUGAGUCUUUCCAUUACAUAUUUAUGCUUUUACUAACAGCAUCAAAACUCAACAAAUUGCAUCCUGUUCUUGAAAUUUUGUCCUCGACAGCACAACAGGAGAUUCAUUCACUUAUUAGUCGCACUACAGAGGAAGCACGCCAAAAAAAUCUUCAAAGGUUGGCAAGAUUAUCCAAGACCAGAAAUAUCGAAUUGGUAAGUGCCGAAGAUAAGAUAAGUGGUCAGCUGUUUAACGAUGCAUCCGUACCAAUUCUCCAAGAUUUCUUUGGUUCUUUCUUCUUGAAGUGCGUUCACAUUUUGAUGAACCAUAAAAUUGCAUGGGAGAUUGUUCAGUUAUUUAAUUCAGAUGAUAUUGUCUCCAGAUCUGGCAGUACUACAGGCCUGAGAAUUUACGACUUCAAAUCGAUAUGGAUGGCUACCCGUAAGGAGAUCGAGGCAUUAAUGACAAAAUACAUUUCGUCGGAAAUUGAAGAUCAUUCACCUUUGACGUCUGAACACAAGAAUACCAACAAGCUCUUCCAAGCGAUGACAAACAAGCAACUAUUUCUGUUUGAUAACGUAUCAUACCAAUCUUCUAGCAAAACAUCAGAUGACAUCAAACUGGUUUUAAACGAAGUCUUUCCAGGAUUCUUGGUAAACACUUCAAAGAAUACGCAUGGAAAUGAUACAUCACUCUACAUAUCUAACGAAGACAUGAGUGCUUUGGCUGAACCUCUUGUUCCUCAAAGUAUAUUCAACAUGAGAGUGAUAUUAGAGUUUUUCCUUAUAUUCACUGUGGGGGCUCAUAAAUUAUUUACUAAUUUUGAGAAAACAAAGGGUACAAGCAUGAUAGCAUAUCAAUUUUUCUAUGAAUUCAUGAAGAGCUCUUUCCUAAGGAAAUUAGAGGCCGAUCUUGAUGCAUCUUUGCACGAAUGCAUGUCUAAACCCGGAGGAAAUACGGCUGAGGCUGCUACGGGUAUUAUUAGUGUCGGGUUCUGUCAGGCUACAGUGAAUUUAAAUGACCAGGAUGCUAGCUCUACAUUUGUUCCUAAUAUGAAAAGUUCUGGAGUAUCAUCCAUUUACUCUAAUGCAGUCCGCUUUAGACGUCUUCUUACCCAUACCUGUCAAACAUUGAACACGUCAUUUAGUUAUCGUAAGGAUAUGACUGACGUCGUCUUACUGUUAGUGAAAAAAUUCUCCUCAGCAUACAAUGAUUAUUACCACGAAUUGCUUUCGAGUGGUGGGUCUCACGAUAUCACCGAAAUAAGAUUUGGCUUGAAUGACAGCCAAAAUAAGCACAUUCUGCAAAUCAGGAAAUGGAUGAGAGUCCCUGCUAUGCUCGACGUUACUGGAUCAAUUUUGCAGAAUCAUGAAGAUAAAGACAAACUACGCGAUUUGGUCGAAGAAGAGAUCGAGCUUAUGUUUUCCACUAAUGAUUCUGUUAAAAGCGUUUUCGAUGUUUCGAAAGAUGAUCUUUUGGAUGACAAAUGGUUUGAUCAUGUUUGUUAUUUAUUGUUAACUUCUUCAUGGAUUUUAAGUUGGCUUCCCUCAAUGAGGAAGGAGUCAAACUAUAAUUACAACGAGGGAACUUCGGUAACCGAGGCUGAACAAUUAAAACAUGAUUGGGUCUUUAUGGAAAAUGGAAGAUCACCAUUAACAAUAACCGAAAGGACACAAAACGAUUAUCUCACUUUAACACUGGAAAAGAUUGGGGAGUUUGACAAAGCAGUUGAAGUUUUUGAGGCAAUUCGUGAUAACUCAUUGAUAGCCUUGAGAUACGAUUUGAGACUAAAAGGUUUGUAUUACAUUGGCAAAUCAUUUCAAGAUAACUUCCGAAUUCCAACAGAGCCAGCAGAUGCAGACCAAUUCAUCACUGCUUUCAACAAGGAAAUUUACUACAUUGGAACUAAAAUCAACGAAAUGCUUAAUGUGGAUGAAAAUGAUUGUGUUUUCGCAGGCUUACCGGAAUUCUUAAACAAGGCGCUAAUUCAAGGGAGUUAUCUUGUUACGAUUACCAAUAGUAACGGUAUCAAGAAAAUACUUUUGAAUGUUUUCGUAUUGCAACAAAUGUUGCGCAGCAUCAUGAAGAGACAAGAUGUUGCGGACUUGACGGUUGCUUCGAAAUACUUUCAGUUGUACAUGGUCAGCGACCACUCUUUGCUACAAGAAAUGACUUCAGGCAAGAAGAAAUAUCUGAAGAACGAAUUACUCAACAUUUUGAGGUUGACAUACAGUGAGAAGCUACAUCUGAACAGUUCAAGCACGUUCAACAGAACAAAGUACAACGAGAUGGUCAAGAAAAUUAGCAAAGUAUUUUCGUAA